UCAAUUUCAACUGGGAACAACAAUAAUGAGGCGUUUGCUUCUGAUAUCAAAUUCAACGCUUCAUGGAGGCGGUUAUUUAGAUCACUGUAAGGAUCAGAUUAUAGCUUUCCUUUCUAAUUCUGUUCAAAAGGUUUUGUUCAUUCCAUAUGCACUUCAUGACAGAGAUGGAUACACAAAAAUUGCAAAGACGGCAUUCAAUGAGAUGGGAUAUGACCUUGAUGGAAUUCAUGAACACAAAAAUGCUGUAGAUGCAGUCAAGUCUGCCCAAGCUAUUUUCAUAGGUGGAGGAAAUACCUUCAGGCUGCUUAAAACACUGUAUGAUGAAAAGAUUGUAGAGGUGAUCAGAGAGAGAGUCACAAAGGAGAAUGUCCCAUAUAUUGGCUCCAGUGCUGGAACUAAUGUAGCUACUCGUAGCAUCAACACCACUAAUGACAUGCCGAUAGUGUACCCACCUACAUUUGAUGCCAUUGGUCUUGUGCCUUUCAACAUAAACCCUCAUUACCAGGACCCUGAUCCCAACAGUAAACACAUGGGGGAAACCAGGGAGGCAAGAAUCAAACAGUACCAUGAAUAUGAAUCCUCUCCAUCAGUCCUGGGUUUGAGGGAGGGCUGUAUACUGCUGGUAGAAGGUGACAAAGCAACACUGAAAGGCAAAACAGGAGCUAGGUUAUUUGUCAGGGAGAAGGAACCAGUUGAGUACCAGCCAGAUGAUGAUUUAAGUUUCUUGUUGUGAAUUUGUUCUUAUUCUUUUCUGUUAUUCAAAGACAGAAACUGCAUUAAAGUUGUCAUAUUGCAUUAAUGUACUUAAGAUGUGUUACUUUGAGUAGUUAUAUUCCUGACAAGUACUUGUAUAGUAAUUUGUAUUUUGUGUUACUUUUGUAAUUCUAACUGUGAUACUAUCAAUGCAAAUGAAGUAUUGGUAAAUAAACAGUAAUAAAAGUAUAAACAGUA